AUUUUGAUAUCACUUCCAGUCUCUUGCAGCCCUAGAUACGCUCAACAUGGAACAGCACACCGCGGAUGAACUUCAGGCACCGGAUUGGCUGAACGACCAGUUCUUCCUGGAGGUGAUCAGGAAGGCUCAGAAUGAUCCUUCAAUUACACUCUGUCAUGGUUGCAAACUUCGCCCAGGCACGAAUCCCGGUGAUCACUUCGGCAGCGUCAUGUUCAGAACUGCGGUCCAUUAUCGAUCAAACCGAUUCCAAAGCGAACGGGCUAUAAGUCUAAUCAUGAAGACCACGACAGAAGCUGAGGGAUAUAAAAAGGAGGUGCUGAAGGACAACUCUCUGUUUGACACGGAAAUCAAGAUGUACAGUGAAGUGCUUCCGGCAAUGUCCAAGGUUCUGGAGGAAGCUGGAGAGCACUUGGAAGUUCCAAGGCUGAUCUAUGGUGCAAUCAAACCGCAUACCAUAAUCGUUCUUGAAGAUAUUUCACCGAAAGGCUGGCAAACCGGACGGGAACUCGUUACUAGCUUUGAGGAAGCCCUUCCCACAAUAAGGAACAUUUCCAAAUUCCAUGCUGCCUCCUUGGUCCUACACCAAACGUCCAUGGAUCUAUCGACGAUCCAUGCUCAAAUAUAUACGAAGGAAUUCGGUGGAGGUUUAGAAAUUUUCUAUAAAGGCUUUGAUGAUUUUUGUGACGCUGUACAAACCUGGGACGGUUGCGACAAGUUUGCUCCCAAGUUCAAAGAUCUAAAAGGUGUGAUUAAGAAGAAGCUUCAGCAAGUGUACAUUUCAAAUUCCAAAGGCGUCGGAUACAACGUGCUGAAUCACGCAGACUUACACUGGAAGAACCUGCUCCAUAAGAAGACUUCAAACGAUCGAAUCAAGGAUUCCAUGUUGAUAGAUUACCAAUGCUGCAACUGGGGAUCGCCAGCUGUCGACGUUCUUUGUCUUUUGGAUAUGGUCGUGGAUCAUGAGACCAAGAAAAACUACCGGAAGGAAGUAAUCUACGAAUACUAUCAGCACUUUGUGGAGGUUUUGAACAAGCUUGGAUUCCUGGGCAGCGUUCCAACUUUGACUGAUUUGCACAUUGAACUACUACGGAAAGGAAUCCUGGAGGUCUUCCAUGUCGUAGUGUUUGAACAGUUCAAACAUACAGAAUUAACCGAAACGACGCUUGAGGAUAUAAACUCCGGCCAACUGGAGAAUCCGGGCUUUGGGAAAGAGCAGUAUUUGAAUGUUGUACGAACGGAACUGCCUUUGUUAAUGUACAAAGGUCUGUUGGAUUGAGUCUUUGGCGAGUGAAAUACAGUUCCAUUAUUUAGUAAAA